CAGCCGAAGAAACCGGAAGACGUUUAGCGGCAGUUCCGGUUGGAAAGGUGUAAAGAUGUCGCCGUCCUUAUUUAAUUUUGUCGACGCUAAAGACAAAUUCACGACGUCUGCCAGAAAUGCUCUAGCUGGUAAAACUGGCAAACAUUUGGUAAAUGCUUUCAACCAGAUUCCUGGGAAUGAGACAGAAAAGAAGACCACACUUGAUCAGGCGCUCAAGGGUGUUCUUGGUGAUCAGAUUGCAGAGCAGAAGGCAAGCUGUGAUGACUACUUGUCUCUCAUCUACCUGAGUAUUGAUGCAGUUACACAAGGUAUCUGUUCUGCUACAACUCCUUUCAUUCUGCUGGGAGAUGUACUGGACUGCCUUCCUCUUGACCAAUGUGACAAAAUAUUCUCUUUUGUCGAGGAGAAUGUUUCCACCUGGAAAUCGAAUUCGUUUUACACUGCCGGGAAGAACUACUUGUUGAGAAUGUGUAAUGAUCUUUUAAGGAGGCUGUCCAAAUCUCAGAAUACUGUAUUCUGUGGACGAAUCCAGCUUUUCCUGGCACGUCUCUUUCCUCUGUCUGAAAAAUCAGGUCUCAAUCUACAGAGCCAGUUUAAUCUGGACAAUAUAACAGUGUUCAACAAAAAUGAACAAGAAAGCACUCUCGGCCAGAAGCACACAGAAGAAAAGGAGGAUGGUAUGGAGGUGGAGGAAGGAGAAAUGGGAGAGGAUGAUGCUCCUGCACCAUGUUCCAUUCCAAUUGACUACAACUUGUACAGAAAGUUCUGGUCGCUGCAGGACUACUUCAGAAACCCUGUGCAGUGUUACGAUAAAUUCUCUUGGAUGACAUUCCUUAAGUUCUCAGAUGAAACCUUGGCAGUGUUCAAGAGCUACAAGUUGGACGACAUGCAGGCCUCUAAGAGGAAGCUGGAGGAGCUGAGAGCAUCUGGAGGAGAACAUGUCUACUUUGCCAAGUUUCUAACAAGUGAGAAGCUGAUGGACUUGCAGCUCAGCGACAGCAACUUCAGGCGGCACAUUCUACUGCAGUACCUCAUCCUCUUCCAGUAUCUGAAGGGUCAGGUCAAGUUUAAAAGCUCCAGCUGUGUUCUGAAUGAUGACCAGACUACGUGGAUUGAAGAGACAACUAAACUGGUUUAUCAGCUGCUGAGAGAGAUCCCCCCUGAUGGAGACAAGUUUGCCACCAUGGUUGAGCAUAUCCUCAACACAGAGGAGAACUGGAAUGCCUGGAAGAAUGAGGGAUGCUCGAGCUUUGUGAAAGAACGGACAGUAGAUGAAAAACCCAAAAGACCCACCAGAAAAAGACAAGCUCCAGAAGACUUCCUUGGAAAAGGACCGGACCGCAAGAUUUUCAUGGGAAAUGAUGAGUUGACUCGACUGUGGAACCUGAACCAAGACAACAUGGAGGCCUGCAAAUCAGACAACAGGGAGUUCAUGCCAUCACUGGACGAAUUCUUUGCGGAGGCCAUUGAACAGGCCGACCCUGCUAACAUGGUGGAGGAAGAGUACAAGGUUGUGCGGAACCCAAACUAUGGUUGGCGCGCUCUGAGACUGCUGUCCAGGAGAAGUCCGCACUUCUUUCAACCAACUAACCAGAAGUUCAAGAGCCUGGCAGAUUACCUAGACAGCAUGGUCAGCAAACUGGCCAAAGAACUGCCGAAGGAUAUCCCUUCUGAAGAGAUCAAGACAGGAGAAGAGGAUGACGACGAUAAUGGAGACAAUCUUCUCAAAGACAGCAAUGACAGUCCGAGCAUACAGAGCAAGAUGGUGACAAACCAGCAGAUGGAUGACAUAGCACCCAAACUGGGCUCUCAGUGGAAGACGCUGGCUUCUCAUUUGGAGAUGAAGGCGGCAGAGUUGCGGGAGAUUGAAACAGACAGUGAAGAUGUUGACAUGCAGGCCAAACUGCUGCUUGUAGCCUGGCAGGACAGAGAGGGAACACAAGCUACUGUGGAGAGCCUGGUCACAGCUCUGAAUGCUGCAGGAUUCUCCCAGAUUGCAGACAGCCUCAAUGAGGCUUAAAGUAGAUCCUUCAUGACUUAAAUAAUCAGUACCUCCAUUAAAUUGUUGCAGCAUUCUUUUCCAUACCAAAAACAAUUGGAGAAUACUUUUUUUUUUGUAUGUAGUUUAGGUAACCCACAUUUUUUCACUGUAGAAAAUUCAAUAAAUUUUUUUUCUAAUAAAACAUUUGAUAGACCUUUAA